AUGUCAGGAAAAGGAGGAAAGGGCGGUAAAGGUGGUAAGGGAGGAAAGGCACCCACCUCCAAGAAAGCACCACAGAGUCGAUCUUCCAAGGCUGGACUGCAGUUCCCCGUGGGACGUGUCCAUCGUUUCCUGAAGAACUCUGUUCACCAUGGCCAUCGAGUGGGUGCUACUGCUGCUGUAUACACAUCUGCUAUCCUAGAGUACCUAACAGCGGAGGUUCUGGAGUUGGCGGGAAAUGCUUGUAAGGAUCUCAAGGUGAAACGUAUCACACCUAGGCAUUUACAACUCGCCAUUCGUGGAGACGAAGAGUUGGAUGCUCUUAUCAAAGCAACAAUCGCCGGUGGCGGUGUUAUCCCACACAUUCACAAGUCACUGAUCAACAAGUCAGCAAAGGGCAAGAAGACGAAGUUUUGA